AUGUCGUCGGAAGAGAGUUGCGACGUGAUGUCCACCAUCAAUAUCCUUCGUGUGGUCGCACAGUACCGUAGCGUGUGCGCUAAUACCGAGCGGCCCUGCUUCGUGGGCAACCCGCUCGGGUUUGCUACGGCUACGCUCCUCGCACCCGCUCACUACCGUCUUCUAAUAAUGUGUGACCUUACCAUUCUAUGUGUGUUCCAGUGA